UGUUGUAAUCAAAGGAAUCUAUGUAUAUAUCAGCGGAAAAUACUGGUAAAUUUUACUAUUAUUUUUUUUUAAUGAAAAAUGCCAGUUUUUCUGGCAACACUACUCGUACGUUUUUUAAUUACCCACAUUUUUAAAACUGGAAUUCUCUAAGGCAGCAUUAGAACUACCUAUUUGUAGAAAAUCAGUUCUAAAAAAGCACCACUUUGACGUUUAUGAGCAAUUAAAGUUUGGACGUUUUUCAUAAUUUGAAAAAAAACCCCGAAAAACACCGCCUUUUAAAAACAUGGUAUCUUCCAACUACGAAAUCCAAAAAAACAUUUAAAAAUAUGCAUAUAUAUAACAGAUACCCAAUGUAUUGACCUUAUACACACACUCAUUAUUUUUGAUAAAUAAACCAUAAGGAUAUCAGAAAUAUUGUAUCAAAUUAUUACUAAUAUUAACAUUUAAAAACAGCCAAAAAAUGACAAAAAUUGCCAAAAAUACAAAUUUACCCGUUGCCAUGGAAAUAUAAGCACAAAGUGCAUAAAACUUUAUAUUUGAUUUCUCUUAAUAAAGGUAUAGCCAUGUGCAAAAUUUGAAAGAAAUCCAUUUUUUUGAGUCCGCACUAUUUUUGAAAUUUCUUUGAUUUUUAUAGACAACUGCUCUUAAUAUUCUAAACCAGUGGCGGAUCCAAUAAUUCGAAAUAGAGGGGGCCCCAGAGUGGAACUUUCACAGAUGUUUGAAUCAAGAUGGCAGUUAGUGUUGUAAGCUCCGAUCUAGCCCUUGAUCCUCUCAUAAAUUGCAAGCUAUGCAUGCUGGAGCAACCAGUGAAGGCAAUGCAUACCAUGCACCAGUGUAGCUGUAUCUAUUGUAAAAAGUGUUUAAAACAAUACCUGAGUCUACUAAUCAGUGAAGGGUCUGUUAGCAUUGUCACUUGUCCAGAUGCAGAAUGUCCAGAGAAAGGAAAGAUAGAUGGUUCUGAGAUACGUCUGCUAGUAAACAUGAAGGACUUCGAGCGGUACAGACAACUGAAAUUUGAAAUAGAGGUUGAUCUGGAUCCACACCGUACCUGGUGCCCUGAGGUGGGCUGUGAGACCAUUUGCCAUGUCUGUACUGGAGAUGCGCACAAGGCUAGAUCAGUAACUUGUCCAACGUGUCACUUACAAUUUUGUUCAGUAUGCAAAUCAUCAUGGCAUGAAAACCAGACUUGCUCAGAAUAUGGUAAUUAUCUAAAAUCCCAACCACACUCAAGUCUCAAAAUUCGAGAAAUUUUUAGCAUUCCAUUUGAAAAUGAAAUAGAAUCGAACAUCAAACGCUGUCCUAUGUGCCACAUUCCAAUUGAGCGUGAUGAGGGUUGCGCACAGAUGAUGUGCAAACGCUGUAAGCAUGUGUUCUGCUGGUACUGUCUAGCUAACCUAGAUGAUGACUUUCUUCUGCGUCAUUAUGAUCAAGGGCCUUGUAAGGAUAAACUGGGCCACUCUAGGGCUUCGAUCCUCUGGCAUAGGACACAGGUGAUUGGUGUCUUUGCUGGCUUUGGACUCUUAAUUCUUCUCAUGUCACCAUUCCUAGUUUUAGCAGCUCCAUGUAUACUCUGCUGUAAGUGCAAGAUAUGUAAAUGCUUCCAGGAAGACAAUGAUGCUUCAUAGGAAUGGCAACAUAUAAAUGGAACAAUUGAUUGAUUGAUUGAUUGAUUGAUUGAUUGAUUGAUUGAUUGAUUGAUUAAAGAUGACAUCCGAGUACCAGGAUUACUGCUUCCUGCCUGAGUUCCAUAGCAACAGGAAAAUAAGUUUUUGAAAUAUUUUUUAAAUUUUUCUUUUCAAGCAAGUUUUUCAGAAUUAAUAUUAUAUAUGCACAUCUUUAGUAAGGUAAUAGGUACAGUAUAGAUGUAUUGCAAAGCUUUACCCUGCAUAUUUUCAUCUUCUGCUUUUUGUAUCAACAUUUAAAAAUAAUUUAUUUAAAUAUAUUUUAGAGAUUGCAGUGGUAUUUGGAGUCCUAAAUAGUAUAUAGUAGCUAGCUUGAAUUUAUGGGUAGGAUACUUUAUCUAAUUUGACUCUUCACCCUAGAGUAUGGGUAAUUGUACUGUAUCGAUAGUUCUUGGUCUAUGCUAAAUGCAUGAAUAAGAAUUUUUGUCUUCACUUUGAAUAGACGGCUGCUCAACUACAGCAUAUUUGAGCAUAAUUGCAGUCUGCACAAUCCCACAUGCCAAUUAGCUUUGCCUUUCGCGAUAACACAGAUUCCUUAAUUUAGAUGUAAUUGCUACAAUAUGGUCUUCUUUUGACCAAUCAGGUUAAUGUAUUUUUAACAAGGCACAAAAACAUCAA